UUAAAAACCAUUGGAUUUCUGUGUGGUUGUGCAAAAGUCCUGCUGAGGAAGGGAACUUCAGCACCUUGGGAGCGUCUCCAGGGGCAGGAGAGCCCCGGCAGGGUCAGUUCAGUGGGAGCUUUCUGUGUUUAUUAUCAGUCUGUGAUCCUUUCCCGUUCCAGGCCGAGUGUUUGGAGGCAGAAUUGCUUUGUUCCAUCUCUCAGGGCUGCUUUUAUUCCCGCAGGGCUCGUGGCUGUGCCUGGCAGCCCAGGUGGAGAGCGGCUGCACGGACCUGGCCGAGUUCCCCACGCUGGAGGAAGGGCUGCUGUCCCCAGCUGAGGCUUCUCCUGCAGCUCCAGCCCCUGCCUCGCCGCUGGAUCUCCAGGAGAGCCGCUUCUCCCCGUGCCUGCCCUUGCUGCUGAGCCCGGCGCGGGCCGAGACGUUCCUGCAGGGAUCCCAGAUGGAUUUCCUUCCCUUGAGAGGAAUCCCGGAUGUUUCUGGAGCAUCCCUGGAGCAAUCAGAGCCUUCCCACAUCCCUGGAAGCGCAGCCCUGAGGGGCCCAGCCCUUCCCACUCCAUCCCAGCGUUCCCAGGCCGCGGGACACGCGGAUCCCGGAGCCGCUUCCCAGAGCUCCCUGUCUGGGGAGGUGCUGGCCAGGGGGGACGCUGGCACCGAGCAGGAGGCACCGGGGCCCCGGAGCAGGGGACACCCAGCACAGCCAGCUCCAGAGGAGGGGCUGGGAAAGGGGCUGGAGCAGCCCUGGAGCACGGCUGGGGAGGAUGGACACCCCUCUGGACACCCCUCUGGACACCCCUCUGGACACCCCUCUGGACACUCCUCUGGACACUCCUCCCAGGACAGCGAUGGCCCAGCUGCUGCCUCUGAGCUGUCAGAGCGGGACAAGGAGUCCCCAGGGCAGGAGGAGGAAUCCUCAUCCUCAGGAAACUCCUCCUAUAAAACCGCACUGACCAAAUUCUCAGAGAAAAGUGAAAGGGGGACGUGGCAGGAAAAGGUAAAAGUGCUUGGGAGUGGAGUCCUGGAGAAGCAGGAAAAAGGAAAGAAAGUGCCUGAGCUUGGUUUGUUGAAUAAUUUCUCUGAUGGCUGGAGGAAAGAGCGUUCUGGAAGGUGGGGAGCUGAGGGUGCUCCUUGUGCAGCAGCCCCUGAGGCAGGCCAGGGGCUGGGGCAGGAAGGGGGGCUGCAGCUGCCCGCUGGCCCCAGGGGCUGGGGGCUCACGGCUGCUCCCGAGGAGCUGCUCCCAGCAAUCCUGAGCCAGCCCCAAGCGAGAAUGGGCACAGAGGAGCCGGCUGUGCCCCCCAGCCAGCCCCAGGACACGGCUGGGGGCACCUCGGGGUGCCCUGGGCACGGCCCGGGGGGAGCAGAGCCCGCCGCAGGCAGCCAUGAGCUGACCGGCUCCGAGCUCUCCAUAGAGAGGGGACACAAAGUCACAGAGAUCUCCCCUUCCUUCAGCCUGGGAGCUGAGGGCUCCUUCUCCCUGCACCUGGCUCGUCCCAACUUCCAGUCCACCCCUGGGCUGUUCCUGGGGAGAACCGGGAGGGCGGAGGGACGCGGAGGCCCGGCCAUCCCUGCGGCCCUCCGGGCCUCUCUUUCCCGUUCAGAGGAGGAGGCCUCGGGGGAGUCCCCUGCCCCUGGAGCAGGGAAGGACGAUCCUGCCCAGAGUGCAGUGGAAGAGAGCUGUGGGCAUUUGGAGUCCUUGAGGCUGGAAUCCCCCGGCUGUGGCAGGAUGCAGUCCUGCCCGGCGCUGGGUUUCCUGGAGAAGGUGGGAGCCUGGCACGUGAGCCAGCCGCAGCACGUUCCUGACAGCUCAGGGGUCCCAGGGGCGCUUCCCCCUGCGAGGAAAGCCUCCAGCACGCUUCCCAGGGCUGCAAGCUGUAUUUUAGCAGGACAGAAGAGCCCUGGGGAUCCCAAGGACUGCGCUGCUCCCUCCUCCAGUGGGGCAGGUUCUCUGGGCAGCUGGCAUUUCCCUCAUGAAAGCCUCCUGCUCGGUCCAGCUCGGGGCAGAUCCCGCUCUGACGCCUCCCUGAGCUCCUGCAGGGAGAGCAGAGCCUCAGUCAGAACCUCGGUCAGAACCAGCCCAGCCUGCAGGGAGAGCAGAACCUCGGUCAGAACCAGCCCAGCCUGCAGGGAGAGCAGAACCUCGGUCAGAACCAGCCCAGCCUGCAGGGAGAGCAGAACCUCGGUCAGAACCUCGUUCAGAACCAGCCCAGCCUGCAGUGAGGAGCCUCCAGGACACCCCAGCCCCACCGUGGGACGCUCCCAGAGCUCCUCCAUGGGCUCCCUGGCACGGGGGGCUGGAGCUGGGCACGGUGACACCAGGCGAAGCUCAGCCCCAGAUGUGUUUGUGUGCGGCCUUGCUCAGCUCCUUACAAAGCACGAGGAUUGUGAGGAAAAGGAAAAUCAGUCUUUCAACCUGAAUAUUCCCACUGGACACGAUACCAUGGAGAACUUUGGAGCCGUUUCCUUGGAGAGUUGGGAUUUUCCUGUGGGUUCUGGGGAGCCUCAGGGGGCCCCGGGCUCUGGUUUGGGCUCCCUGGUGGUGCCCAGGCCCUGCCCCAGUGCAGGAGAGAACAGCUCCGUCCCCCCUGGAGCAGCGCUGCAGACUCCUGAGAAAGAAGAGUUGAAUAUUGAGGAAAGGAUCCCGAUCUACCUGCGGAACCUGGGCAUCGAGCAGUCCCCUGGCAGCAUCCUGGCGCCCUUCGUGCCCCGGAGGCCCCUGUGGGAGCUGGAGUUCUCCCCCUCGGAGCUCAGGAGCCUGCAGGAUCCUCUGGGCUGCCCGGCCAGGGUCCCUCCGCAAGCACAGGGUACUCUGCUGCCAGCCUUCCAGAUGUCCGAGGCCGGCUUUGGCAGGGUGACAUCCCCGGGGAGCGUGUCCCUUGCCGGGGGCUCUCAGGCGGUGCUGUCCCCCCGGGAGCUGUCCGGGGAGCACCCGGAGAGCCAGGGCAGCGUGCCGUGUCCCCAGCCGGGGCUGGCUGUCCCCGUGUCCCCAGCCCGGGGUGCGGAGGGUUCCCCGGGAUCUGCUGGAGCGGAGCAGGCCGUGCCCAGCCGCUCCUCGGGCAGGGACAGUGCCCGGGAUGAGGGGACAGGUGCUCGGGUUCCCUUUGCUGGCCGUGAGCCCGGGAGCCCGCAGGGAUGGGCGGCUGGGGCUUUGUCUGGAGCUGGGAAUGGAGUGGAAUUAGACAGAGGGUCCCAGAGCUGCAGCGGGGGGAGUGAGAGCGGCCAGGGGUGGGGAGGAGAUUCCCCGAUGGGCUCCGGGGCCCUGCGGGAGCUGCUGGCACGGGCCGAGGCCUGGGUGAAGCUGAAACUGGCCAGCCAGUCCCAGGAGUCUGGGCCAGGCAGGGAUGAAGAGACCCAGCACAGGAUGGAGGGGAUGAAGGCAGAGCUGCUCCCAAAGACCAGGGAAUCCGCACAAGCCAAGGACGUGCAGCUCAAACUGUGGGGUGCUGCUGGGCUGCAGGACAUGCAGCUGGAGACUCAGAGAACAGAUGGGCUGCAGGACAUGCAGCUGAAGCCCCAGAGCACUGCUGGGCUGCAGGACAUGCAGCUGAAGCCCCAGAGCACUGCUGGGCUGCAGGACAUGCAGCUGGAGACUCGGAGAACAGAUGGGCUGCAGGACAUGCAGCUGAAAUCACAGAGCACUGCUGGGCUGCAGGACAUGCAGCUGGAGCCCUGGAAUUCUUCUGAGCUGCAGGACAUGCAGGACAUGCAGCUGAAAUCACAGAGCACUGCUGAGCUGCAGGACAUGAAGCUGAAGCCCCAGAGCACUGCUGGGCUGCAGGACAUGCAGGACAUGCAGCUGAAGCCCCAGAGCACCGCUGAGCCGCAGGACAUGCAGCUGGAGCCCUGGAAUUCUUCUGAGCUGCAGGACAUGCAGAACAUGCAGCUGAAGCCCCAGAGCACUGCUGGGCUGCAGGACAUGCAGCUGGAGCCUCAAAGAACUGCUGAGCUGCAGGACAUGCAGGACAUGCAGCUGCAAUCACGGAGCACUGCUGGGCUGCAGGACAUGCAGGACAUGCAGCUGAAAUCACAGAGCACUGCUGGGCUGCAGGACAUGCAGCUGAAGCCCCAGAGCAGCACUGAGCUGCAGGACAUGCAGCUGGAGCCCCAGAGCAGCACUGAGCUGCGAGUGUCCCAGCCCUUGCUGCUGCCCUACAAGCCCUUGGGAAGUGCUGGCAUGUAUUAUGUGCCCUGCCAGAGAUCAGGAGCCAGCGUGUCCCCAGAGAGCAGCGAGGCCAGCAGAAACAGCUCCCACUCAGAGCUCCCGGAUGGCUCUGGGCGUGUAGAACCCUCCGGUUGUGCCCCUGACCCCGCGAGCGGCGGCUGCUGCCCGGCUCCCCGGCACUUCUGUGGGGUCUCUGCUGGAGCAGGACCCGCUGUCCCCUCCUCGGGGGCUGUCCUGGCCGGGGCACAGCGGCAGGGUCCCCGUGUGCCCCCCGGGCCGGGCCAGCAGCUCUGGGCUCUCCCUGCGGAGGCCGAUGACAGCGGGAGCGAGGAGCCCGGCGCAGCCUUUGGGAGCGGGAUGGAGCCGCAGCAGGACGCUGCUGGAAGGGAUCCUGCAGCGCCCAGCCCAGCAGCUCGCCCCGCUGGGAGCCGGGGGAAGGCAGCACGGCAGAGGAGCCGCCCCAGGGGCAGCCUGGGGGAGCUGUGGGUGACGUUCCUGGAGCGCCAGAGCAGACAGCAGCAGCAUUCCGGGGAGAGCCGAGAGCUGUCCCUCGUGGAGCGCCUGGAGCGGCUGGCCAGGCUCCUGCAGAAUCCCAUCAGGCACACCCUGGCACCGGCAGCGGCUGGGGAGAAGGUUCCUGAGGGGGGAACACAGGGAAGGGAGCGGCUGAAGAUCCGCCUGGCAGGAGGAGGCAGGUCUGGGAGCGGCGCGGAGCCCCGGGGAACGCGAGCGGGACGGAGACCACAGGUGAUCCAGGAGGAGCUCGGGGCACACAGGCCGGGGCAGAAGGUGAUCCAGCACCUGAAGAGGAUUCUGGAGCAGCAGCAGCAGCAGCUGGGAAUUGCGAGUGACAGCUCCUCGGAGGCCAGGCUGAGCGCAGAGCCCGGCGGCUGCAGCAGCUGCAGCACCUCGGGGUGGGACACGGGGACCCCGGCAGGGCUGGACACCUCCCCCGCCUCCGGGGACAGCAGCUCCCUGUCCCUGGCCACCAUCGACACGGCCAGGCUGCUGCAGGCCUUUGGGCAGCACAGGCUGGGGCUGGGCUCACAGCUGGGCUCACAGCCUGUCACACAGCCUGCCCCAGAGCUGGCCCCACAGCCUACCCCACAGCUGGGCUCACAGCCUGUCACACAGCUGGGCUCACAGCUGGGCUCACAGCCUGUCACACAGCUGGGCUCACAGCCUGCCCCACAGCUGGCCCCACAGCCUGCCCCAGAGCUGCCCCCGAGGCUGGCCCAGCUGUACUGUGCCAUCAGCCAGCAGAAGAGCCGCUCGGAGCGCUGGGAUGAGGAGAGCGAAGGAGCAGGGGCUGAGAGCCUCAUGAAAGGGCAGCAGAGCCAGAGCACCAUCCCCUUUUCCUCGGAUUCCACUUGUGCCAGCAGCAGCUCCUGGGGACCGAGCUCUGCCCUCAGAAACAAGCGGCGGACACGGAUGCUGAACAAAGGGAUCCAGGCAGGAGACCUGGAGAUCGUCAGCAGCGGCACCAGGAGGAACACCAGGGACGUGGGGGUGACCUUCCCCACGCCCAGGCACAGCCAGGAGCCCGAGGCCCUGGCCCUGCACCGCCCCGAUUUCAUCUCGCGCUCGGGACAGCGCCUGCGGCACCUGCGGCUGCUCCGCGAGGAGAGGAGGCUGCAGAGGCUCUACGAGCAGCUCCCCGAGGUGAGGAGGAAGAGGGAGGAGGAGCAGAGGAAGCUGGAGUACAGCUCCCACCGCCUGCAGGCUCGGCUCUACAGAACUGCUUAA